UUUUCUAUGCCCUUUUCUUUCUUUAUUAUGAAAUUAAGUUUUAUUUUUUCUUAAACUUUACUUUUACAUUCCCACUAAUCUCUCUAUCUCUCUCUCUCUUGCUUGAAACUUCCAAUGAUAAUGGACACCCUUUAAAUCUCUCUCUAUCUCUCUCUCCUCUCUCUCUCAUCUCAUUUUCACUUUUCUCAGUCUUUCAUUUUCCUGGUUUUUCCUAUAUUGGGCUACCUAGAUUUUUGCCUUAGCCCAAUUCCACCAUGGAUUCUCUUCCACCAUAACCACUUGUCUUUUCUUUCUCAUAAUUGUAAGGUCUAUAAAUACACAAACACAAGUAGAGAGAGAGAGAGAGAGAGGAGAGAGAGAGAGAGAGUUAUGUAUAUAAAGCUUGACAGCUAUUUCGAGGGUUUAGAACAUGAUACAAAGUUUGAGUUUGUAAGAGAGAUAUUUACCUGUAACAAGGGUUAAAGAUUCAGUAUUUUUACUGUUUGAUCAUAAAUUCAGUAGAGUACACUACACAAUCAAGAAAUCAAGAAAGGACAGAAUCGGGAUUUUCGAAUAUUGUGGACUAACAUCAUCAAGAAAAGAAGAAAAAAAAAUGAUAUCUGCAGGCAUAAAUUUGGUGAUGACAGUGAUUGGAUUUACAGUGAGUACUCUGUUUAUAGUGUUUGUGUGCACAAGGCUUAUCUGUGCAAGAAUUCAUCUGAAUGCCACGCGCCGCUCCUUUGCCAGGUCACCUGGAUCUGAUCUUAACAUUUUGGAGAGGGGCAUACAUGGUCUUGAGCCGGUUGUGGUUGCCAAUUUUCCGACGAAGAAGUUCCGAGAAUUGUGCUUGUCAUCAAAAGAAAAUGUCCAGUGCACCGUCUGCCUGUCCGAAUACCACGAAGAGGACACAUUACGUAUACUGCCACCAUGCGGCCACUCAUUUCACGCCACCUGUAUCGACAUAUGGCUUCAGCAGCACUCAACAUGCCCCGUUUGUCGAAUCUCACUUCGCGAACUUUCCGAGAGGAAGUGGUUCAUGCAGCCAAUGUUCAGCUCAGCCGUUCGAUCUCAGUACACCGUCCAAUCAGCAAACGCGCGUUACUGUCAUUGCAUGGCAAACACCCAUAGGCAUCCGUCUGGAUCUCACAACAACUGCAACCUAGGGCCGGGCUCGACACACGCGGGCCAAUGCCGCCCCGAGGGAGACACGGUUAAUGUAAUUGUUAGAGAUGGCAACUCUGCCUCGACCGAGCACAAUCGGAUUUUCAAAGAUUCGGCGAAUAGAAAAGUCGAGAGCCAAUCGGGGAGAUGAGCUCUCUUCGGAAAAGUUACUACUUGAUUUUACGUACAUGUUUGUUCCGCUUUUGGGCUUUCGGUAAAUAUGACAUUAGUGUUAUAUAUAGUUGGGCAGUUUUGUUAGUUCAGUUUGAAACUUAGUGUUGAAUAGUUAUUGCAUGUUUAAAGGGAUAUGAUAAAUAUGUGGAUUUGGAUUGAUAUAUAAUAUUUCAAUUGAAGGGUUUGAAACUUAUUAUUUUGAACACA